AUGGCUGUCAUGAUUGUUGUUCUGAUCUGCAUUACCGGAAAGCUGGUCGCUAUGCUUCUAGCAAUCGUGCUCAGCAGAGAUCAACCCUUGAUCACCAUCGGAGACGCCAUUGCGUCGUUCUUACAGCAGCCGAGCGACCUUCCGGAGGCAGAAGAGCUCAGGUACAAAGGCCCCUCAACCGUAAACGGCCAGCCACAGGCCAUAGUCGUUCGCCGGUCCAUCAAAGUCCAACAAGGACGCCGACAUCCGGUCAUGAAAGAGAUGAAGAAUGCGUUCGCUGCUCCGCUUGCGAUGGGACUCAUAGGAGUAGGCCUUUCGUUUGGCCUCUUUGCCUACACGUACAAACAAACACACAUCGCCUACAAAACCGCUUACAGUACCUUCGGUUUCUCAGAGAUGUUUGCACUAGGCCUUGGACAACUACCUAUCCUCUGGACCAGAGACUUGAUGGGCCGCAUCAUGUCGUACAGCGACUCGAACAAUCCUCACACAUCCUACAUCAACGGCGCUGUCCUAGCCAACCUGCCACAGCUCGCACUGAGCGCACUAUACCUCACUCACAACAACUUCAUCACUCGUCUCUGUGCCGCAUUGGAGCUCCGGGGCUAUACGCUCCGGCGACGAGGGCUCCGGGUAUCAGCACCCAUAAAGGGAUCAGCUCAACGAAAUUCCCACUUCCUUUCGGUACCACUGCGAUGGAGUCUGCUCAAUAUCGCCAUCUUCGUCAUUCUCCAUACCGUGAUGUCUCAGACCUUGUUUCUGCAUCGCGUCUAUUCGCUAUAUCCGAACUCGUUCACCGACCCGAACGAUAUUGGGAAGUAUCUGGUCUCAAUGAUCGGCUUCUCACCACUAUCAGCAUUUGUGUUAUCCCUCCUGCUCUCGGCUUUGGUGCUCUUUAUCAUCGUCCUCGGAAGCUGGAGGAUUGCCUGGCGCUUUCCCGACACGAGUGGGAACUCCUGGCAGAUCGCCAUCGCUUGCCGCCCGCCCACAGACACGAAAGACGCUCAGCUUGGGAAGGUGCGAUGGGGUGUCGUGAGCAAAGACAAGGCCGACGGUCAUGUACAGUGCUCUUUCAGCGGGUUACCAGUGAGACCGCCCGUUGUUGGUGAGCCGGUCGUUACGUACACGAUUGGGAAGUUUGUCCAGCGCGCUGCACCAAACCCUGUACCACGGGUCCCCGUCAAGGAAACUGUGGUGGAGAGCACGGAACUCAGCCUCUUGACAUCGCGGCAAAGUCAAGAGCGCAAUACCGCAGAUGGUUUGCCUCUGCAAUUCGACUCAUCCAUUCACGGUCACUGUCCCUCUCCCUUCUCCUUCCUCGCUGUCCACUAUCUUCUCUUUACCUCCUCUCCUACUGUCCGUCCUCCUGCCGUGCCUCCGGCCUCUACUUUCUUGCUCCCUCCCUCCAGCACUGCUCGUGACGUCACCCAUGCAUUGCAUACCUCCCCGAAGCCGAGAGUAUUACAAUUGCCAAUCAAUGUCACCUCGAAUGCUACGUACUUCUCUGGGAAGAUCAACAGUGCCAAGCUUGGUAACCUGCUUGGGUACUUUGUCGAUACUAUCCUUAAGCCUCUUCUUAGAAGACAGACAGAGCCCAGAGCAAUGGUGCUAACCUACCACCUCCAUCAACGCCAUGCCGUGCCUCCACAAGCCAGCUUCUCACUGCCACCAGAUUGUCCGUUCUCCAUCACACGCUUGUAUAAGAGCAACGACAACAACGCUGGUCGAGCGUCGCUCUGGCUGAUUCGUGAGAACGACAAGUUCGGCGAGUUUCCACACAUCUACGCCAAGGUCAUUUCUGCCAGCGUUGACGAGGCAGGUGCAGAUCCCGUAAUCAGAGGUGUUGUUGUCCUAAGCGACACGGGCUGUGGGACAGAAGCCGCGCGCAAGCACCAGCGACCAAAUGCCAAUGAAGGUAACACGAGCAGCGACGAUGUCCGGACUACACGCUGGAAUCUACGUACAUUCCUCGCCUACACCAUAAACCCGCACGAAACCCUCCCAUACCUGGUCAUGACAACACACUGCCACUACGACCACAUCCUCGGCCUCAGCCACCUCCUCCCCAAAACCUCAACACCUUCAACCUCAUCACCCUUCUUCCCAGACGUCCAAGUCCUCGCCUCCACCAACGCCAAAACCUUCAUCCAACCCUACCGCAACCUCCAAAAGCACAGCCUAAGCCCCGAGAGGGGAACCACAGCACCCAACUACCUCCCCUUCAUCUCCACCUGGGCCGAAGACCAACACCAAGUGAUAUACACGCCCACCAACCCCAAACACCCGAAGAUCGCAACGAACAUCACCAUCCUGACCACGCCAGGCCACACUCCCGACUCCCUCACCUGGUACGACGCGGACUCGCGCAUGCUCUGUGUGGGGGACACCUUCUACGCCAAGACCAGCAGAGCUACGCAACGCGCGCCGUGGGGGGCUGAGCCGCCUAUGCCUAUCAUGUUCGACGGGUACAGUGAUCUGAAGAUCUGGUGGGAGGAGUUGCGGAGGGUGUUGGAAUGGGUGAGGGUGAAGAAUCGGGAGCUUGAUUCAUACGACGAUUUUGGUAAAGCUGGAAAUGGACGGCGUGUGAUACUUGCUGCGGCGCAUGUGACCGUGGGCGACGACGCUGAGGUCGAAAUACAGGCAGUGCUGCGGUUUAUGGCGGAGGUGCUGAGGGAUGAGGUAUCGAAGGUGGAGCUAGAAGGCGGGAGGUGGCUGUGGGACCAUGCGCUGGGAGGAGAUGAGGUAGGCAAGUACAGUGUACUGGCGCCGUUGAGUUUGGUUGAGAGUGCUAGGAAGGAGAUACCCGAGAAGCAGUGGCUGAGGUGA